CAUGUGCAUUCAUCUCUCAUUUUCGCUUUCUUUCAUCAAGACAUACUUCUUUUUGCUGGCCUUUUUUGGGUGCAACAAGGCAAUGGGUAUGGCUGCAGAGUCGCAGUUUCAUGUUCUAGCUGUUGAUGACAGCCUCAUUGAUAGAAAAUGGAUUGAGAAACUCCUCAAAACCUCUUCUUUUCAAGUUACUGUUUUAGAUUCUGUGAGUAAAGCUCUUGAAUUCCUGGGUGUGCAAGAGGCAGAACAGGAAAGGAAAGUCAAUUUAAUUAUUACAGAUUAUUCUAUGCCUGGAAUGACUGGCUAUGAUCUCCUAAGAAAGAUCAAGGAGUCUACAUCUCUUAAAGACAUCCCAGUUGUGAUCAUGUCCUCUGAGAAUAUCCCUUCUAGGAUUACCAGAUGUCUAGAAGAAGGAGCAGAAGAUUUCUUCCUGAAAUUACCUGUUCAAUUAUCUGAUGUGAACAAGCUUAGACCCCACCUACUUGGAUGGAGGACACUUGUGGAGAUUUGAAGUCUGAAGCUUCACAAAAAUGCUGGAAAUUUGAAUGUCGAAUCUUCACAAAAACCAUAAUUAAUCAAGGGUUUGAGUCUUGAUCUUGGAAGAUGGAAAUCCUUGUAAGUUUCUAUUCCUUUGAGUGGGUGGUUUCACCUAACAUGGGGUCACAAUCGAGAGUCUUAUUGGGCCAUUCUUAAGGCUAGCUCCUAAGACCACAUGGUGCUCUACCAACGAAAGAGUGUUGAUGUGCUACAUUCGCCUCUCAAUAAGUGCCACAUCUCUUCAAUCAGGAAUUGUCCCUCCACAAAUAUAGUCCACUUCCACUCCAUGGUGGCUUAGUGUGGGCUUAAAAAGUAGACGCAUCCUCAUCAUACAUGAAUCGGUCUUAUCAAUGCUUCACUCGGUGCUUCCACGUGCUUAUUAAGGAUAUACCUCUCAAUGAGUGAUGGUUGUUUGGGACAAUGAUUUUAGAGAUUUAAAUUUUGGUACUUAAACAUAGAAGAAUCAACGGAGUCUCAUGUAAACGGAAUCUCGCUUAUGAAUUAUCAUCCAAACUCCAAUCUCAUUUAGGGGUACCAUCAAGAGAAAAUCAAAUAUGUCACACUCAUGUGAUAGCAUUCACACUACAACCUCAUCAAGAAUUAAAACAAGCUA